ACCACACCCUUGUCCUCUGAUUGGUCCCAAGUUCUCCCGGCACCACCCUCAGCUCAGCGGAUCCGCCCUUUGGACGCAGCUCAGCCUGUUGCUGCCAAACCAGCUGGCACUUUGGAUUGAUAUCCUCGUUCUUGCACUCGAAACACUGACCUUUAAACUCAGGUUUAGUAGAUUUUUUUUUAUUUAUUACUUUUCAAAAAAAAAAAAAAAAAAAAAAAAAAAGAAAUCCAGAGUCCAACACCACCAUGCGGACCAACUCGGAGACUCUCUCAAGUGGAACUCCUGCCUGUAGAAGUUCACACCUCCAACUUUGCAGCCUGUGAUUUGACCUGUUUUUUUUGGAUUGACUUUAAAUCACUUCACCUUUAAUGCAUCAUGCGAAGCUACAGCCGCGCAUGACUUAAGACGUUUGUUCAUGAGUAUUAGAUAGCUUUUUUUUUUAAAUAUAUUUUUCCACCCCUGCCUCACCUGAUUGUCACGCCACUCCCGGGCCGUUGCAGAGCCCUCUCCGCGGGGACCCCCGCCCACCCCACCCACCCACCCACCUACGGCGGUCGGUCAGGAUGGGGACGCCGGCAGCGCUGCCCGUGUGGAAAGCCGCGAUUUUCUUCUUUAACCUCAUCUCCGCCGCUGUGGCCAAACGGCACGUCGUGUAUUGGAAUUCUACGAACGCGAGGUUAACGGCGGGAGACCUGUCCGUCCAGGUGAAUCUGAAUGACUACCUGGACAUUUAUUGCCCCCACUACUCGGCCGAGGGGGCCCAGGGCCUCGGGCAGCCGGAGACGCUGGCCCUCUACCUGGUGGGGGAGGCCUCCUUCCAGGGCUGCGUGGAGACGAGAGGGGCCAUCAAGAGGUGGGAGUGCAACGCCCCCCACGCGGCGUUCGGACCCGUGCGCUUCUCCGAGAAGAUCCAAAGAUUCACCCCCUUCUCGCUGGGGUUCGAGUUCCUGCCGGGGCGCCACUACUACUACAGCUCUCUACCCGCCGACGAGGGGCCUCCUCUGCCAUGUAUGAAGUUGCGUGUCACCGUGUGCUGCGAGACCAAAAGCAGUAUCUUUAUUGAGAAAGCGGAAGCCGAGGGUUCACAACAAAGACAAGAAACCGUUGUUGGAAGCAGAGGCUCUUCCCUGAGGACGUCUUCACCUCCACUCCUCCUCUCCCUCGUCCUCUUACUGAUGACCACCUGACUCCCUCAUCCAUCCUCAAGGCGGGCCCCUCGCCGAUGUCUCCCCCCAAGUCGGAAGAUUGUUGUAUUUUAUUUUUCCCCCCCCACAAUGCCGCCUUCGCUCGGACGAUGAAUGACGCGACUCAAUCAACGCUAAGCACCCGCCAGCCGGUGUCACCGCGCGGCUGGUCUACUUGUGACAGAGUUACUCGGGGAACCAACACGCUGAAUGAUUCUUCUCAUUUUUUUUGUUGUUGUUCUCCUUUGCAGCAGUGAGCGCUAACACAGAAUGCGACACGCAGAGCUGGUCCGAGUCGUUUGAGUCAUCGUCGACUCUGAAGCCAGAAGAACUACGAGUCUGCCAGGAAACACUUUUUUCUCACUUUUUUUAUCGCCGCUUCUCAUUUUGUUUACUUUGUACUUUUUUAUUUUUGUGUACAAACGGGGCCACACACACACACACACACACACACACACUUAAGCUCCUGCACUGAGGGGUUCAGGUUGGAGGUCGGUCAGCUUUAUUUCUCCACACGGUGAUUCACGAAAAACUGAAAUGGUUCCGGCUGCAUCUGGUUCAAAAUAGUUUUUAACUAAUUAGAUUUGGUAAAUAAAGGUGUUUUUUAGUGGCAAUUUGGGAUUAUUCUGGAAUCGGCAAACAGGGCUGCUGCGCCCCCUACUGGGAUUAAGCGGGUUGAACUGGCGUUGGACUGCGUUGGCCAUGGACUGGACACAAGCUAUAGACGUAGUGGUGUAUGUGGUAAUGGGACCCUGGACAGAGUUUGUCCCACCUCCCCGGAACCCCCCCCUGUUACCUCAACAUCCUUCUCUCUACAGAACAGAGGGGGUUAUGGGUAAAUGGAGAGUACCGGCUGGCCUCGCUCCAAUGAGGAGGCUAAUUGGUGACCAACCAAGCUUUACACUCGUUUUGUUGGUGGUGGUUGUUUUUUACACAGAUCCUUGAUUUAUGGGUUUUACUGUAUAGUUAAUAUAUUCUGCAAAAAUAAGAUGUAUUAACUAUAUAAUUUAACAUUUUAGUCAGAGCGGAUAUUUAAAUGAAAAGACAAACAAUGAUUAAUAUUGUGGACGUGCAUGCAUUUACUGGUGUUUUCGGUUUUCUAUGCUACAAUGUAGUUCGACCAAUUCAAUUUGAGGAUUUUUGCCAAACUUCUUUUAUUUAAAGGAAGUCAAAUUGACUCGCAUAGAUUAGAAAAUAUAACAAGAUAACAAUUUAUUUGAUUGAAAUUCAAAAUCGUAUCGAUGUUUUUUUUUUUAAUUCAACAAAAGUCGUAUAUUUAAAAAAAUAUUUCUCCACAGAUUGAGUGACUUAAGCUCUGCAAAUCUAUAGUUUAAUUGUUCCAUUUAUUAAACAAUUUAUUCGAUCUUAAAAAUACUACAUUGUUAGCACUUAAUAUAUUUGUCCUUUUGCUGUAAAUAACACCAGUCAUGCUAUUUUUAUUUUUUUUACGUCAUGUUUUUUUACGUUUAUUUCCUAAAUGGGGGAUGAAACCAAUGUUUGAAGAUAAAAAAGAAUUUGCUGAUGUAGACAUUUUGUGUUGAACUAGGAAUUUGUUUUUAUUUCUUUACGUGUGUGUAACGUAUUUUGCAUUCACAUUUUAGUGAAGAAUGUAGCUUCUUCUGUGAAGAGCCAACUGCAAUUUGAGCCCUUUUUUGUAUGUGGCAACACAACAAAAAUAAACACGAUUGCAUUCAAUCGCUUAGAGUCUAUUGUCAUUUAACUUUUUAAAAUA